AUGUACCUCCGCCGGGCGGUCUCCAAGACCCUGGCGCUCCCACUGAGGGCGCCCCCAGGCCCCGCGCCGCUCCGGAAAGACGCAUCUCUUCGCUGGAUAUCAUCUAACAAAUUCCCUGGAUCGUCUGGAUCAAAUAUGAUCUAUUAUCUGGUUGUAGGUGUCACAGUCAGUGCUGGUGGAUAUUAUACUUACAAGAGAGUCACAUCAGGGAAGGCCAAACACAGCGAUCAUGUAACAGAUUUGAAAGAAAAAACCAAAGCGGAGUUACAUCCACCUCAAGGUGAAAAAGAGAACCUUGUGGGUGCUGAGGAAGCCAGUUUAGAAGCCCCUGUAGUAUCUUCAACGGAAACUUCUCUGGUGCUUACUGAAGAGAUUCCCGAUGCUCCAGCUGUGGUCGUAAAAGAGGCUCCCCCUUGUCCAGAUGACGCCGAGGCUGCUCCUGCGGAGACCGUGGCGGUCGGUGCGGAACCUAGGCCGGCGAUGACAGAAGCGGCGACAGUGGAGACAGCAGAGGUCAGCACUGAAACGACCUCGGAGGUCACGAGCGCAGCUCCGGAGGAAGCUGCUGCCGUGGGUAGUGAUGAAGGUACAUCAGAGAACGAAAGCCGUGGUGAAUGUGCUGAACUGGAAGAAAAUUCUCCAGUUGAGUCAGAAUCCUCUGCAGGGGAGGAUUUACAGGAGGAAGCCUGUGCAGGUUCUGGAGCCGCCUCAGCCCAAGGCUAAUCUCAUGCUGAUUGACACCUCAGCCAAA